GCUGUGGGGUGGCCAAAAAAUAAAAAAAAUCUAAAAAGCGAAGGACAAAAAGUACUUGCACAUAUAAACAUAUAGACGAUUGAAAACUCACUCAUUGACUGAGCAUGCGUCUUCAGCGGGACGUCGCUCAUACGUACAUUCUGAUUUCUUCCAUGAACCAGGUCCCCAAAUCACCCUCAGAGACACACCCCCCUGCGACUCAAGAAUUGGAGGGUCGCCCUCGUGUCCCUUCCAAGCUCCGGGGUCACUCUUCGUCGUGUGCUUUUUAAAACAUGCUGCGGUGCUGUGCCAGUCUCUGCUGUGCGGGAGAGCUGCGCGUUCACGCUUCCGCUUGGCUUCCCUCGAAGUCAUGAGCUUCAUUUCAGGUGCGCCUCGUGCCCAGGCCCUGGAACCCCCUGUAUUUAUCUGUCACUGUGGGACAUGUUAUCCAAAGCGUAGCAGUUAAAACAACAGCUGAGGGGCUUAGCUGCGUGGCUUGGGCGCGGGGGACCCGUGAGACUGGAGCCAAGCUGUCGGGAGGCUGUGGGCGUCUGAGGGCUGGCCUGGGGCCCGCCGGUCGCAUCAGCGUCAGCGCUGACCUUGGUAGGAGGCAUCUCGUACCAAGGUCAACUCGCGGGUCCUCGUGGCGGGAGACGGUCUUCCCUGGAGUGAGCAAGAUUUGGGGGUCCUGUCCCCACACCAUGCCCCUGGUUCAGAGGUUGGCCCCGUGCACUGCGGGGGCGUCUACACCGCGGCGUAAAUACCAGGAGGUGAGAGUGACCUGGAGAUUCGCGGGUGAACCCAGGGAAACACUCUUCCACGAGAGGCAUCCCUGAGAGAAACCAGCCCGAUGCUGAGAGGAAACUUCCAGCGAUUUCUGAAUCCGGUCACCGCCAGCGGGGUGGAGGCUGUGUCUCAGCCUCUCCCUGCGGGCUCCCGAUCGUGGCGCGCCUGCUGUAUACGCCGUCACUGCUCCCGGAGCUCCAGCACUUUAAGGAAAGCGAGCCUCUGUGUUCCGCCCCCAGCGCUUUGGCUCCAACCCCUUGCAGCUUUGUGACUCCAGCCCCACAUCCCCGACCCGGCGGCCUCCCUGCGUCCGGAGCCCGGGCAGUGGACACAGGUCCCGGGAGGCAGCUUUCUCUGCGAGCAUCCGUACCUGCUGUUGUGGGCUGGAUGCGUCCCCUGACAGGUGCUGCAGUCCCAGCCUCUGGAGCCCAUGGCUGUGACCUUAUUUGGAUCAGGGUCUUUGCUGAUGUGGUGACUUAGGAUGAGGUGGUGCAGGAGUGGGUGGCCCUCACCCGGUAUGACUGCUGUCCUGUGAGAAGAGACACAGACCCAGGAGAAGGCCACCCAAAGCCCGCGGCACAGGGACGGUGGCCAUGCGAUGACGGAGCCAGAGACACGGUGUUGCAUCUGCUGGGCAAGGGAAGCCUGAAACCGCGGCAGCCGCAGAAGCUGGAAGAAGCAAGGACGGCUCCCCCUGCCCAACCCCCCAGGCCUACGGAGGAAGCACGGCUCCGCCUACACCUGGGUCUUGACUUCGGGCCUCCAGAACGCGAGACAAUGCCUUGCAGCUGGUUUCAGCUGCCCGUUGUGGUGCGGCCUCCGUCACCUGGGUGGCAGCCGGGGACGCUGUUGCACAAGCCAAGAACAUCCCGUCCGAGGGUGUCCUUCCUGGUUCAGAGGGGGGAGGAGGUGAGGGAAUUGGAGCAAGUCCGUCGCUGGAGGCUGUGCCCAGAGCCCAGCGAUGGUGACAGGGAUGUGGUGACGGCCGGCAGGCACCCAGGCAGGACCUCCUCGAGGCCCCGUGCUGCCUACGUGCAGUUCUUCUCCGUCUUGAUCGUGCUCGUCGCCGGGGCCUUGGUCAUCACCAUUAUUUACAGAGUCAUCCAAGAGAGCCGGAGAGAGAAGGAGGUCCCCACGGAGAUUCCUCUGUCGUCCAAGCCCAGCGCUAAAUCUGAGCCCGCGCCCCCGGGCGAGCAGCCUGCGACGGCGUCGGCGGCGUCCAAGGUCUCCAGCUCCGAGCCGGAGAUGCCCUUGGAGGGAGAGGAGGACGGUAAGGCGGCGGGCCGGCCGCUGUCCACCCCCGGACCGCCCGGAGAGACCCCGGCGCCGGUUCACCCUCCCCCAAGCCGUGCUUCUUAGUUUGGACGGAAGUCUGAUCGUCCGACAGGGCGGGAGGGGGGCUGGGGGGCGGCUCUGCUCGCAGCGGGUUUUCCUGUCCUCGUCCACAGGCAGCUUUCCUCCCAGACACCGCCUCCCGCCUUUCUGUCCCCUCUGUGGGCGGCCGGUGCAGGGGUGUGGGCGGUGGGGUGGGGCGCCCGGGUUUCCAGGAAGCCUGUCUUGUCGCCCACCCUCGUGGGCGGCCUUGGCCGGAGCCUGGCAAGUGGGUGAUGUUACCCACGUCACCCGGCCUGCCCGUUCUGGGAUAGCAAGCGGCCUGCCCAGAUGUCGGAUGGGGCCCCCAACACACGUGCGGCCCGGUGCCCGCCUUCUCAGGGUGCUCCCUGCGGGUGGGUGUGGCCACGCCCUCCCAGGAGCGAGUGGGUGGCUCAAGGCAGCGAGGCCACCCACCACGCUCGCUUUCCGUAAAUCACAGGAAGUCUGUAGCCAAGUUCACGGGCCUUGAAGAAACUCCCUCGGGACUGCUGGCAUUUCAAUCAAAACGCCACUUGUUCUUGCUCUGUUUUAAACCCAGUAACACUGACAUUUGCAGAUGAGGAAGAAACUGAGGAUUGAGGGGCGAGACGGCGACUGGGUGCAAGGUGGCAGAAAUCUCCGAAGAGGCACAGCUGGCCACAGCUGUUGAGAUGUGUGAUGGAAUGACUGCCCAUGGGAAAAAAUAAAGGUAUUUUGAAUGCUU